CAAAGACAAAUAAGAGAGAAGAAGAAGAAGAAAAAGAAGAAGAACGUGGGAGGAAAGUGUUCAAAGGUGUCUACCAUGCAAUUUUUUUUUUUAAAGGAGGUGCUAUAUUGUGUCAGACACAUACUCGCUCUUUAACCAUUCAGACACACACAGAGAAGCAAGCAUGCACAGUAAACUCAGGUACACGUACCCUCCAGUGUUCACAGUUGAUGCUGCAGGAGGCUUUCCUCCUCAGCAUCAGGCUGCAGGCAUCGAGCCUCCCCUGGUCCCCUGCUGGACAUUACCUCCUGCCCGAGUUCGGGCCAAGACAAGGGGCUGUGGAGGAAUGAGUUCUGCAGUAUGCCUCCUGAUUAUGGUCCUUCUGAUAGUGUUUGCUGUGCUGGGACUUGGAGCCUAUCAGAUCAUGAAACUGCAGACAGAGCUGCUACAUCUGAAACAGGAAAUACACCCACAAUCUGAAGGCAGUACACCACAGAGGCUAGUUGGGCACCAAGCAGAAGACAUUAUGGAGCCCAAGCAUACACCAGCUGCACAUCUGAUAGGACAAAAGCAGGACAAUAGAUUGAAGACCCUGAAGUGGGAAUCAAGGCAUGGCCGUGCUUUCACAGAUGGCAUUCUGUACCGUGACGGCGGCUUACAAGUGAAUGAGACGGGCCAUUACUUUGUCUACUCACGUGUGGAGUUCCAAUUAAAAGACUGCAAACCAAGGGACUCUCUGAUCCACACAGUGUACAUAAAGAGAGGCGAACGGCUGCUAACACUCAUGAUCGAUCAUCGAGAAGGUUUCUGCCAAGUCGGAAGCAAGGAAUGGUCGACAGUUGGCAGUAACCUUGGCUCCAUGCAUCAGCUCAUGCAAUAUGAUUGGGUGUUUGUCAAUGUAUCCCAGCCAACCCGGCUCAGCUCUGACCACCAAAGUAACUACUUUGGCCUUUUUAAACUCCCAUAAACUGUUCCUCAUAUGUUUGGCAUACCAGUAUUCAGAGGAAAUGGGAAAAGUGGAUGUGAAUGGCCAAAUUGGCCUUUGUGUAGGAAGAAGUUUAGAGAAUCAUCUAAGAAUGUUUGACUGUCCUCUCUAUAUAUAAAAUAUCAGCCAUUUUUAUUGUUUACCGAACACUAACAUGCUCCUGCAUGGAGUGAAGUCGCAGUAGUGUUAUUUAUUUACAGAAAUUUUUAUUAUGUAUGUCUGGGCAUGGUCUGAAUUGUAUAUGAAUAUAAAUGAUGGUCAUAUUGACCAUAAGAGUCUAAUAAUAUACAUUUUGCUUUCAUCAAUUAGUAUUAAUUAAAUAAAUUAUUGUUGUUCUUCAGAAUUUGUUUAAUAAAUAAAUAAAUGUAAAAAAAUAAAUGUGUAUACAUUGGAAAAAUAUUAAGAAAUUACUAUUUUAAUCU